AUGCUCCAUGACCAUCUGAGACAAUCAAGGUCAUCCACCUCGUGCUCUUCUUCCUUCACAUUCGGACUGAAACAGGUAAUGAUCCAGCACGACCACAACAAUCCCUCGCUCAAAUCACCACUUCUCACUCUCACAACAAGACAGUCGGGUGCACACCGAAAGCAAGAUCUAGUUCUAUCAUAUUCUAUUUACAACACGUUGAAAGAGCGAGGAAAGGAAGGCAAACUCGAUUCCGAGCUCAUACGCGGACAUGUACCUCCUAUAUCGUUCCUACAACCGAUCAGUUGA